AUGAAGGUGCGAAGCACCAAAGAUUUGCUAUGUUUCACAGAAAUCCGUGAUCCUUGGGACGUUCAAUGUUUUCGCGAUAAAUCGCAUGUCUUGGCUCAGGGCGCACUGUCUAGCUGGGCCAUGCCACUCAAGAUGGCGGCGCUAUUUCCCGAAAGGCAUCGCGGGGCGGUGAUGCGUGACGUCACAUGCCGCUAUGCACAGUAUCCACAUUUAGUAAAAAUGAUAAAAAUACCGGAUGAAAUUAACCUCGAGAAUUACACUCUGAUACUUCCGUCAGUGGCUGUUGGAAACGUUGGACAAUUAUGUAUUGAUUUAUUAAUAUCUAGCUUGGACAUGCAUAAAAUUGGAAGUUUAUGGAAUUCUAUGUUUCUUCCAAUAUGUGGACUUGAUCCUUAUAAUAAAAAUUCUACUUCUCUUUGUACUACCGCUGACUUUUACCUUGGAGGAUGCCAUAAUAUAAUUCUUUUACAAUUACGUUCACCUUAUGUUGGCAGUUCGAAUGACUUCUUUAAUGAACUAGCACAAUUUAUUCAACAAAAGAAAAUUAGUAAGAUAAUAAUCCUAACCAGCAGUUAUGAUUAUGAGUGUGCAAAUAGGUCAGAGUGGAGAAUAAGGUACCUUACCUCGGAUGAUUCUUUAUUGAAUAAUGAAAAACUUCUUAAGAGCUUACAUUGGACAAAGCAUAUGAAAAGUAUUACAAUAAAAUCUACAAGACAAUAUUACAUUCCUGGUGGUGGAUUUGCAAACGGUCUAUAUGAGUAUUUUAAAGAAAAGGAGAUUCCUUGUACAGUACUGUUUUGUUAUUGUUCAGAAGGAGACAAUGUUUCUGAUGCAUUAAUGCUUUUUAAAGGACUGAAUGACUGGUUGAAUUUAGUAAAUGAUGAUACUAAUGAUAUUAAACAUCCACCCUCUUGGGAAUUCUUUUUUGGAAAUCCACCUGCUUCUAAUAUGUAUUGAAUUUUAUAUCUAACUGUACUUUGUUGACUCUGUUUCGACUUUUAGAAAAUAAAUUAUAAAUAUAAAAA